AUGUCUGGCUUCGAUCGAAAGUCUGCGCUUGAAUCAGGGGCAUCCAGCGCAUGGGCAGCGCUCCCGCGCAGCUCGGCAGCUGAGGCCAUCUCCGCGGCACCACCAUGUCCGCCAGCGAGCAAAGGUAAGCAGCAGGCUUCCAAAUGGCGACUCCGAGUUCCCCAAACCGAUCUAACUGCCCCAGGUCCCUCUUUUGGUCGCGUCCAUCUGAAAGACCCCAUACUAAACGCCAUCAUCGCCACCACUAAUGGUAUCUGCACCCCGAUGGCGCGCCCAGCUUCAUUGGUCUCUGGCGCUAUAUUGGACCAAGAGGCAUCCAAGAAGCGCCGAUUUGAAAACUCCAACGACCAUCAGAUACCAUCUCAAGCCGAAGCAUUCGCAUCGCUUUUCAAGGAGCUACUGGUGGCCCUAAACAAAUUGAAUGCGAUGCUGAAAGAGGAACUCUGCAUCUCCAAACGGCUCUUGGAGAUUGACGAGAAGAGACUCGCGCUUGAGGGAAAAAAAAAAAUGCUCGAAGUGCAACGUCUAAUACACAGUUGA